ACUCUGAAGAAUUGUAUGCAAAACUAGGCUGCUCUGACGUGGAAGUGUAAUUUUUUUUGUACAUUAAAGUGAAAGAAAAUUAAUUUUCUCACAAAUAUUGCAAGAUAUUUUAAAAGGAAAUUAUACAAGAAAUUUUCCUUUUGCGGAAAAUAUUAGUGUGCUGAGAAAAUACAGUGAAUAAAAGAGCCCGAAAUUCUGUGAAAAGAAAUUUUACGGGCCUGCAAGUGGUGUUUACGUGUUAAUAAUAAUCUUGUAAAAAAAAUAGUUACGGGACAAAAGUGCAAAAACCGAUUUUUCCAGUUUUGUGGCAGUAAAGAAAAACGGAUACGAAUUUUUGCGAAGAAAUUGUGAAUAAUUAAAAGUAAUUUUAUGAGAAUUUAAAGAGAAAAUUGUGAAAUUGAAAAAAGUAAUUAGUGAAAAUGAUGAAUCCCAAUGCUUACGGUCCACCGCCAACGAUGCAGCCUAUGCAACAGCAGCAGCAACAGCCACCACAAAUGAUGCCACCUAUGGGUGGCCAACAACAGCAGUAUGCGCCACCUGGUUGGCCUUCUCAGCAACCGGGCAUGCAAGUUCCUCCACCGGCCACUUCCAUGCCUGGUGGCAUGCCUGCACCAGCACAACAGGCAGCUCCCCCAACACAAGCUAAUAUCAUGAAUGGAAAUUAUCAGCAGCAGUUGACGCAAUCGAUGGGGGCUAUGACUGUCAACCCCAUGAAACAGCCACCACCACCCCAACAACAGCAACAACCAUUAGCCGGGGGACCACCACCCACUUUCAACAAUGCUAAUAUGGGUAUGCCACCUCAAAUGCCCGGAGCUGGCCAACCCUUAUCAAAUGGUCCAUCCUCUGCCCAAACAGGCGCAAAUAACAAUAACUUUAAUCCCUAUCCUAAUGGCACAUCAAGCAGGCCACCUACGGCUGGUACACCAGGACUCCCACCACCACCAUCCUCUGGACCCAAUCAACAACAAUCGCAACCACCUACAUCUAUGCCUGGUAAUAUGCCCCCUUCACAAAAUAUCCCUGGUGCGGCCAAUCAAAUGACGGUUAACAGUGCUAAUUUACCGGGUAUGCCACAUAUGCCGCCAGCUCCCCAAAAAUCAGGUCAAAGUACUCCCUUAAUGCCACCUAUGACUGGACAACAACCCCAGCAACAGCAACAACAGCAGCCAAUGCAAGGUUUUCCAGGUUCUCAAGCUCCUCCAUCUCAGUUUCCACCACAAUCACAACAAAUGCCUAGUAGGCCAGGACAAAGUAUGAUGCCACCUAUGAUGGGUGGUCAACAACCUCCAGCUCCUAUGCAGCAACCGGGUAUGCCUCCUAUGUCCGCACCCCAGCAACCAGGCAUGCCUCCUAUGUCUGCACCCCAGCAACCAGGCAUGCCUCCUAUGUCUGGCCAACAGCAACCCGGUAUGCCUCCCAUGUCUGGUCAACAGCAACCCGGUAUGCCUCCCAUGUCAGGGCAACAGCAACGUGGUAUGCCUCCAAUGCCCGGACAACAGCAACCGGGCAUGCCACCUAUGGCCGCUCAACAGCAUCCAGGCAUGCCACCUAUGGCCGGACAGCAGCAACCCGGUAUGCCUCCAAUGCAGCAGCCAGGUAUGCCACCCAUGCCCGGCUAUCCACCACAACCAGGUCAGCAACCUGCUAUGCCAGGUUAUCCACCCCAGCCCGGACAACCUCCCAUGGCCGGCGGUUAUCCAGGGCAAAUGAUGCGUCCUCAACCGGGGCAACCUAUGCAAGGAAGACCGGGAUACAAUCAACCUCCCGGUGGUAUGUACCAGCAACCCCAACAAUAUGAACAGCAACAAAAACGUUUAGAUCCCGAUCAAAUGCCCAAUCCCAUACAAGUUAUGAUUGAAAAUCAACGUAACGCUGGCGGUGCAUUUGUAACCAAUCAGCCUGGUCUGUUGCCACCUCUCGUGACCACCAAGUACAUGGUACAAGAUCAAGGCAAUUCAUCACCAAGAUUUUUAAGAUCUUCUUUGUAUUGUGUACCAGCCACAGCAGAUUUAUUAAAAACCACAGCUCUUCCUUUCUCCCUGAUUAUAUCACCUUAUGCGCGCAUAGCUGAGGGUGAAUACGAGCCACCAAUUGUUGAUUUUGGUGCUUUGGGACCCAUUCGCUGUAAUCGUUGCAAGGCCUAUAUGUCGCCUAAUAUGCAGUUUGUAGAUGCUGGCCGCAGAUUCCAAUGUUUAAUGUGCAAAGUGUCCACGGAAGUGCCCACUGAAUACUUCCAACAUUUGGAUCAUACUGGCCAGAGAGUUGAUAAAUAUGAACGUCCUGAAUUAGUUUUGGGCACUUAUGAGUUCUUGGCUACCAAGGAUUAUUGUCGUAACAAUUCUCCACCUGAAAUACCAGCAUUUAUUUUUGUUAUUGAUGUUUCUUACAACACUAUUAAAUCAGGCUUGGUGCACUUAUUGUGUUCCCAAAUUAAAGAUAUUUUAAAGAACUUACCAGUCGAUCAGGGCCAAGAUAAGUCAAAAAUGCGUGUAGGUUUCAUCACCUACAAUAGUACGGUUCACUUCUACAACAUUAAAAGCAGUUUGGCUCAACCACAAAUGAUGGUGGUGGGAGAUGUACAAGACAUGUUCAUGCCUCUACUUGAUGGCUUCCUGUGCAAUCCUGAAGAAUCGGAAAUUGUUAUUGAUGCUCUUAUGGAACAAAUACCCAAAAUGUUUGUCGACACCAAGGAAACCGAAACCAUACUCUAUCCAGCCAUACAAGCUGGUCUCGAAGCUCUCAAAGCUUCAAAUUGUUCGGGUAAACUUUUAGUUUUCAACUCAUCUCUACCCAUUGCAGAGGCUCCGGGUAAAUUGAAAAAUCGUGAUGAUCGCAAAUUGUUAGGCACUGAUAAGGAGAAAACGGUUUUGGUGCCACAAUGCCAAUCCUAUAAUACUUUGGGCCAAGAGUGUGUGCAAAAUGGUUGUUCGGUAGAUUUGUUCUUAUUUAACAAUUCUUAUAUUGAUAUUGCCACCAUUGGACAAGUGGCUAGACUGACGGGCGGUGAAGUUUAUAAGUACACUUACUUCCAGGCCGACAUUGAUGGCAAACGUUUGAUAGCCGAUAUUAUUAAAAAUGUUUCCCGACCCAUUGCUUUUGAUGCUGUUAUGCGUGUUCGUACUUCGGCUGGUGUUAGAGCCACCGAUUUCUAUGGCCACUUCUUUAUGACCAAUACGACAGAUGUUGAAUUGGCCAGUGUUGAUUGCGACAAAUCGAUUGCGAUUGAAAUCAAACAUGACGACAAGUUACCACCCGAGGAAAAUGUCUAUUUACAAAUUGCUCUACUCUUCACCUCUUGCAGCGGUCAACGUCGCUUGCGCAUAUUAAAUAUUGCCCUUAAGGCCACCACCACCAUUGCUGAAGUUUUCAAGAGUUGUGAUUUAGAUGCCAUAAUGUUGUUCUUUGCCAAACAAUCCUGCUUCAAACUUAUGGAACUAACACCCAAAGCCAUCAAAGACACACUCAUUCAUCGUUCGGCUCAAGUAUUGGCAUGUUAUCGUAAACAUUGUACCACUCCCUCGUCGGCCGGUCAACUCAUAUUGCCCGAAUGCCUUAAACUGUUGCCGCUCUAUAUAUCGUGUUUGUUGAAAAACGAUGCCAUCUCGGGUGGUUCCGAUAUGACACUUGACGAUCGUUCAUAUGUUAUACAAUUCAUUUUAUCGAUGGACUUGAAUGUGUUUGUUUCAUAUUUGUAUCCACGGUUUCUGCCCAUACACAAUGUGGAUCCCGACGAAACCGAUUUGCCCAUGUCUAUGCGUUGUACUCAUGAGAAAAUGUCAGAAGAUGGAGCCUAUAUAUUGGAGAAUGGUGUACACUUUUUCAUAUGGUUGGGACAAUCGUUGCCUCAGAGUUUCAUACAGCCGUUGUUUGGUGUACAAUGUACUCAACAGGUUAAUUCGGAGCGUUUUGCUAUUACGGGCGAUACACCUUUGGCUCAGAGGGUACGUGGUAUUAUUGAAAAGGUCAUGACAGAUCGCACUCGCUACAUGAGGGUCACUUGUGUUCGCCAAAAUGACAAAUUGGAAAGUGUAUUCCGGCAUUUCCUUAUCGAAGAUCGUGGCACAGAUGGCUCGGCCAGCUAUGUAGAUUUCUUGUGUCAUAUGCAUAAGGAGAUUAAGGAAUUAUUAAGUUAGCCCGUAGGUUAUAGACAAUAUAAUCAUCAUAAUAACAAUGGUAAAACUGUGGCUUCUGUAACCUGUCGCAGUUUUUCUCAAAAUCGUGCGCGUCUAUUGCGAGCGUCACGCUCUAGAAGAUGGUAAUAUCUAAAUGUAACAAACAAAUAUCUAAUAACAAUGAAGACCAACAUCCAAAACAAAACACCAUUUAAAUUAAAUUGAAAAUUACAAAAUAAUACAUACAAUGAAAUUGUUUAAACAAAAAAAGAAAAAGUUAAAAAAAUGCAUUAACAUUUUUCGUUAUAUUUCUUCUUUUUUUUGCAUUUUUUUAUAUAUAUAUUUAUGAUUUUAUUAUAACAAUUAUUAUUAAUAUUUCAUUAAUAUAUAGAUUGAAACUUAUAGUAUCUACAAAUUACAUUCGCUUUAUAUUAGAUUUUCUGUUGAUAUCCUAAUUCAGACGGUUUCUUGAUUAGUUUAGUUUUUCCUUGUGUUUUCUUCUGUUUUCCUCGUUUUUAUGGUUAUUUGUGUUUUAAAGUUUAAUGAAAUUAAAUUAAAAAAAAUAUAAUAUUGAUAAUGGUUUCCAAAUGUUUGUUUUCAUUGCAUAUCUCUACUUCCCCUCUUCAUUACAUUCUUUUAGUUAAAAACGAAAUUAGUUAAACAAAUAAAAUUGUACUCGUAUGGAAAUAUUGUUUUCGAAAUUGUUCUCCUUGUUAUCAUUUCCAACUGUCCUUAAACAAAAAUAAACUUUUUUUCAAGUUAUAGUUUUAUAAUUAUAAAGAAACGUUAAUAAAUAAAUAAUAUUCCAUAUUUCUUUUAUUUCGUAUAUAUAAUUUUUAUUAAUUCUUAAUAUUGCAUGUUUGAUCGCAACAACAAAAAUCGAUAUACUUUUUUACAAUUGAUUCCAAUACAUCAUUACGCAUACAAAUACAACAAUAAAGUAUCAAGAAAUCAAUUUUAAUUAAGAAAUUAUGUAAAAAAAAAAACAAUUUGCAAAUUAAAUAAAAAUAUUUAAAAAAAAAUAUAUUAAAA